UGCCGCCCGCCUCCUCCGUCCCUCCGCCCAUCCCCUCCAUCCCUCCCCUCAGCGGUGGAGCCGCCGGGCUCCCUCGCUCCUCUUCACAUGGGGCUCGCCCCGGCGGAGGGACAGCGCUCCUGCCCUGCCGCCAGCCGCUGACGGGCAGCGGGGCCGGGACGGAGGCAGGCGGGCAGGAAAAGGAAUGAAGAAAAUGAGCAACAUCUAUGAAUCAGCAGCCAAUACCCUGGGAAUUUUUAACAGCCCAUGCCUGACUAAAGUGGAGCUGCGAGUUGCAUGCAAAGGCAUAUCAGAUAGGGAUGCCCUCUCCAAACCAGACCCUUGUGUCAUCCUUAAAAUGCAGUCGCAUGGCCAGUGGUUUGAGGUUGACAGGACAGAAGUGAUUCGAACCUGUAUAAAUCCCGUCUUCUCCAAGCUGUUCACAGUGGACUUCUAUUUUGAAGAGGUGCAGCGGUUGAGGUUUGAAGUCCACGACAUUAGCAGCAACCACAAUGGGCUGAAGGAGGCAGAUUUUCUUGGUGGCAUGGAGUGCACUCUUGGACAAAUUGUUUCUCAGAGGAAACUCUCCAAGUCCCUUCUCAAACAUGGGAAUACAGCAGGGAAGUCAUCUAUAACAGUGAUUGCUGAGGAAUUGUCUGGCAAUGAUGACUACGUUGAACUUUCAUUCAGCGCACGGAAAUUGGAUGACAAGGAUUUUUUCAGCAAAUCUGAUCCUUUCCUGGAGAUUUUCCGGAUGAAUGAUGAUGCAACCCAGCAACUUGUUCACAGGACUGAGGUUGUGAUGAAUAACUUAAAUCCAGCCUGGAAGACUUUUAAAGUAUCUGUAAAUUCUCUGUGCAGCGGAGACCAGGAUCGCAGGCUAAAGUGCAUAGUUUGGGACUGGGAUUCCAAUGGGAAGCAUGACUUCAUUGGAGAAUUUAGCUCGACUUUCAAGGAAAUGCGAGGAGCUAUGGAAGGGAGACAGGUACAAUGGGAAUGCAUUAACCCCAAAUACAAGGCAAAGAAGAAGAAUUACAAGAACUCAGGCAUUGUGAUCCUUAACCAGUGCAAGAUCCACAAGAUGCAUUCUUUCUUAGAUUAUAUCAUGGGAGGCUGCCAAAUACAGUUUACAGUAGCUAUAGAUUUCACCGCAUCCAAUGGUGAUCCUAGGACAGCUGCUCACUCUGCACUAUAUCCACCCCUAUCAACCCAAUGA